AUGGGUAGUUGGGAGAGAGUAUCACUGAGCGUGGUAGUGACUGUGUUGUCCCUCUUGACAUCGUCGUUGGCGAAAAAGGAGAAACCAGGCAUUGCGGUGUACUGGGGGCAGAACCCUGGAGAUGGGAGCUUGCAGGAUACAUGUAACUCUGGCAACUAUAAGAUUGUCCUUAUGAGUUACCUCAAGGAAUUCGGUUGUAAGAGAGACCCAGCAUUGGAUUUUGAUGGGCACUGUGGUGUGGGAAUCAGGUCUUGUACAAGACUACGUUACGAAAUUCAGAGCUGCCAGAGAAAAGGUGUGAAAGUGCUCCUUGCGCUCGGUGGACCAACGCAAUCCUACUCCCUUUGCUCAUCCGACGAUGCACAAGUAAUUGCCAAUUAUCUCUACGGUAACUUCCUGAGUGGUCAAGAAGGCCCACUUGGAGAGGUUACCUUGGACGGCAUUCAUUUUGAUAUUCAAAUCGGUUCAGACUCGUAUUGGGAUGACCUUGUGAAUGAACUCCAAAGCAUCAGGCACGACAACAAAAACAAAUUUUACUUGUCCGCAGCCCCUAAAUGUUUUCUCCCAGAUUUGUACCUUGACAAGGCCAUCAAAACCGGCUAUUUCGAUUACAUCUUUGUUGAAUUCUACGGAAUAAAGACCUGCCAAUAUUCUGGUGGGGAAGCUCCAGAACUUCUCAAGUACUGGAUGGCUUGGACGGGGUAUGUUGAAGACUAUGAUACCUCCCUAUUCUUGGGACUUCCAGCAGCAGAUGAGGAAGGUUAUGUCCCACCUCAGAAUCUUAUCGACGACGUCCUUCCCUACAUAAUCCAAACUCCCUCCUAUGGAGGAAUUGUGCUACGCGAUAGAGCAUAUGAUCUCAUAACUAAAUACAGCAAAACAGUGAAGCCUUUUAUUGCCCAACCAUCAAAGCAAUGGCCCGUUUCUCUGCGAUCACCUUUUUCAGUACCAAUUUAA